AUGGAGCAAGUGCAACAACAGACAGGAACCACGACAAUGACGGAUACCAAUAUCAAAACUCCUCAUAAUGCACCUGGCUUUGAGUUGGGUAUCUGUGAAGAUCGCAACAAGCGCUGUCGCAGAACCAUGGAGGAUGCUCACACUUUUAUAUUUGAUUAUAUGGGUGUUCCUCGCCAAGGCUUUUUUGCUAUUUUCGAUGGCCAUGCUGGUAAAGCUACUGCUGAAUGGUGCGGCGCCAACUUUGAUAGAGUGCUAGCCAAAGUCAUUGAAUCAAGUACUCAAGAAGAGACAGUGCCGGAAAUUUUAAAUAAAGCCUUUCUGGCUGUCGAUAGUGAGGUCAAUCAACGUGAAGGUAAAUUUUCUGGUUGCACUGCCAUUGUUGCAUUUGUCAAAGUGAUCGAAGACAAGCGAAUCCUAUACACUGGUAAUGUGGGUGAUGCGCGCGCAGUUUUGUGUCGUCAAAAUAAAGCAGUUCGGCUUUCAUACGACCAUAAAGGCUCAGAUUCUCAAGAAGCAAAACGUAUCAUGGAUCUUGGCGGAUUUAUGAUGAAUAAUCGCGUGAAUGGCGUCCUAGCUGUGACACGAUCAUUGGGAGAUAGUGUCAUGAAGGAAUUUGUGGUUGGAAAUCCUUUUACAACCGAGACUGAACUAGGACCCAACGAUGAUUUCCUAAUUCUGGCUUGCGAUGGGUUGUGGGAUGUUUGCGAAGAUCAAGAUGCAGUUGACCUCAUCAAGGAUAUUAAAGAUCCCCAAGUUGCUAGUCAAAAAUUGUUAGAUCAUGCCCUUGCCAACUUUAGCACUGAUAAUUUGAGUAUCAUGGUCAUUCGUCUUAAUUAA